ACUGUUGUUCCGAAAAGCAUCGGAUUGGAUUUGGAUAGAAGUUGCGCCAAUCCGUCGAGCUGCGGAUCCAAGAAUCAGAUUUAGUUUUUGCUUCGAUAGAUUUAAAGGGGACGACGCACCGGCGGGUUCGCAACCCUAGUUUUCGAUCUGAUCUUCCCCCGAUCUUCGCCGCCCAUCUUCCCAACUUCCCCCCAUCUCGCGCACUCCGGCGAACAUGGCAGCGAUCAUGGCGGCGCGCGGGCAGGGCCUGGAGCAAGAUUUUGAUUUCUUCGUGGUGGUCGACUUCGAGGCGACGUGCGUCAAAGACGCGCGGAUCUUUCCCCAGGAAAUCAUCGAGUUCCCCGCCGUGCUCGUCGACGGCGCCACCGGCCGCAUCGAGUCCGCGUUUCGCAGGUACGUUCGUCCAAAACAUCACCCUGUGCUGACCCAGUUUUGCAGGGAACUCACCGGCAUCCGGCAGGAGGACGUCGACGGCGGAGUGGAUCUCGGCGACGCGCUCUGGCUGCACGACGCUUGGUUGAAGGCGGCGACGGCGGGGGCAGGGAACAAGAGACGCGUCCGCUUGGCCGUCGUGACCUGGGGUGACUGGGACUGCCGCACCAUGCUCGAGUUCGAGUGCCGCUUCAAGGGCAUCGAGAAGCCCUCCUACUUCGAUCAGUGGAUCAAUCUGAGAGUCCCUUUCCAGGCGGCGCUCGGCGGCGGAGGGCGGGUCAACCUGCAGGAAGCGGUCCGGGCGGCGGGGCUGGACUGGGAGGGCCGCCUGCACUGCGGGCUGGACGACGCGCGCAACACCGCGCGGCUGCUUGCUGAGCUCAUGCGGCGCGGAGUGAAGAUCACCAUCACCGGCUCGCUGGCGCCGCCGCCGCUGAUGCAGAAGCAGCCUGCUCGCACAAGCCCUUGCGGUGGCUCACCGGGGCUGGCGUCGGCGCCGCCGCCGAUCCAGCAGCAGCCGCCUCGCACAGACCCUUUCGGUGGCUCGUUUGCGCUGGUGCCGGCGCCGAUCCAGCAGCAGCUGCCGCAGCCUUACAUGAUCAGCCCCUGCGGUGGCCACUCUGCGACGUGCUUGUGCUACUGCGGGCUAGCGAGCAGAGGAGGCGUGAUGCAGGGCAAGUGCUUCUCGGGAUGCGCUAACUGGGCGCCGGCCAUGGGAACCGUCUGCCCCUACUUCGCGUGGAGCAACUGAAUGAGUGACCCACGGCAUGAGACUGAGAUUCAGAAUCCAGUGUGGCUCAGUUGUUAGCCAUCAGAAUCAGAUUCUUGUCUAGGUGUAAAUUUGGUCUUUGAAAUAGAACUUGACCAAUGGGGCUAUUCUUGAUGUAAUCGGUGUCUGAACUAGUAUUAUCAAUAGAAAUUUCGUUUUAGUUA